CAGGGCUUGGGGAACGCGGAAGACGAGGUAAACCGAGAGCCGGGGUGUCCGAUGGAAGGCCGGGGCCAGGAGGUUAAGGCUGCCAGGGGCUCAGCUCUGCUUACAUGGAUGGGACGGAGACCCGACAGCGGCGGCCAGAGGAACUGGUUCUGCCACACACACUCAGUCCUGGAAGACUCUCUGCAGCCUCAGAAGAUGGACCUCUGAGUGAAUCUGAGAGCCAAAGGGCGGUCCCUAAACCACUGGGGACUGAGCUCAGCAGGGAGACUGCCUUGUCCAUUGGCCUUCAGGUGGUAGUGCCCUUCAUGUUUGCAGGACUGGGACUCUCCGGGGCUGGUGUACUUUUGAACUAUUUCCAGCACUGGCCCGUGUUUGUAGAGGUUAAAGACCUAUUGACGUUGGUGCCGCCCCUGGUGGGCCUGAAGGGGAACCUGGAAAUGACGCUGGCAUCACGACUCUCCACAGCUGAGAUGUCUCCUCGUGCACUCAGCCGAGCCUCUCCCACCACUCCAUCCUGGCAACCCUGAUCCAGUUCCAGUCUCUAUAGAUAAGUUUUGUUUUCAACAGACAUUCAUG